ACGUAGACAGUAGCUGAUUUAUACUACACCAGUCUAAAGCUGUACUUUCCCUUGGUUGGUUCAAGGCAGACGACACAUCCUCUCGUGACUUUAGUUCUUACCAGAGAGGGGGAGAAGACGAGGUAAAAUUCAGCUUUUAAAUGAGUGAAUUUCCUCCUGUAAGGAUUAAAUUUAUACAGUGACCUAGGGAGAACAGAGUCUGCCAAUGAAGAACAUGUCCCUCCAGGCCUCCGUCCUCCAUGCCUGCUUCCCCAGGCUUCACCAGGCUAGAGGAGAAUGAUCCCAUGAACCCUCUUCGCAUCUCUGUAGGAGACCUCCCUAUUUUGGCUUCCAUGGGCAAAACCACAGACCCACGGUUCCGCCUGAAGUGGAAGCCAAUUGUAUCUGUGGGCAUCUUGGUUGGACUGGUUCUCCUCCUCUUCAUGCACUUCAACUCAGGCUUGCGGUACCGCCCAAGUGGCUGGAAAACCAGCGACAAAAAUGGUUACAACUUGCAGCCGGAUUCUCUGUACAAUGAUACAUACCCUCUCAGUCCGCCUGAGCACACCUCCCAGGGCACCCGUUACCGCAUCGGGGUCAUCGCAGACCUGGACACUAACUCUCGCAGUGACAAGAAGCUGACGUGGUUCAGCUACAUGCGGCGGGGUUACCUGAUGGUGUCGGAAAGUGGCGACAAAGUGGCCGUUGAGUGGGACGCGGACAGGGUGGUGCUGGAAAGCCACCUGUCGGAAAAGGGCAGGGGUAUGGAGCUGUCCGAGUUGGUGGCGUUCAACGGGAAGCUGUACAGCGUCGAUGACAGAACUGGUGUCGUGUAUCUAAUCGAAGGGAAGACGGUGGUUCCGUGGGUAAUCUUACCUGAUGGUGAUGGAAGUGUUGCCAAAGGGUUCAAAGCGGAGUGGCUGGCUGUAAAGGACGAGCACUUGUAUGUUGGUGGGUUGGGGAAAGAGUGGACCACCACUGAGGGGGUGUUUGUCAACAACAACCCAGAGUGGGUGAAGGUGGUGGGCUUCAGGGGGGACGUCCAGCAUGAGAACUGGGUUCCCAGGUACAAAUCCAUGAAGACUGCUAUCGGGAUUGAGCCUCCGGGUUAUCUUAUUCAUGAGUCUGCGGCCUGGAGCGACACCCUUCAGCGCUGGUUUUUCCUCCCCCGCCGCGAGAGCAAAGAGCGUUACGAGGAGACGGCGGACGAACGCCGCGGCACCAACCUUAUCCUCAGCUGCUCCCCCGAUUUCAAAGACAUCAAAGCGAGCCGAGUGGGUUCCCGAAAUCCCACUCACGGAUUCUCCUCCUUCAAGUUCGUCCCAAACACAGACGACCAAAUCAUUGUGGCCCUGAAGUCAGAGGAAGAUGCCGGAAAGAUCGCAUCAUACAUCAUGGCCUUCACUCUCGAUGGACGCAUUCUUCUGCCCGAAUCCAAGAUCGGAGAUGUGAAAUAUGAAGGGUUGGAGUUCAUCUGAGGCGUAUGAAGAUGGGAGGAAAUUUGCUGAUGAGGCCAAUGCACUGUGGUUUUAGUUUGUUUACAAUUCAGUCACUGUUGAACUCACUGCACUUUGGGUUUCCUUUAAAUUGCAUAACUUUAACCUUAAAAAGGAUCAUUUCUGCAAUAAUCCUAAAGUCAGUCAAGAAGAAUAGUUUUUUUCAUGAAAGUGAAAGUCGGGUUCUGUCGUACCAGCAUGCAUCGAUGCAAAAGACCUCCUAAACAAGUCAGAUGAGGGCUUCAACAGUACUGUAGCCUUUCCUACAUUGAAUGUAAAAAAAAAAUGGAAUUUUUUGACUGUGAUUUUGUUGUUUGAUUUCUAAAGAACAUGUACACUCUGUAACCCUUCAAGCAGCCUCUUUUUGACCUGUUCUUCAGUGAAAAUAUUUCCAUUGUUCAAACAAGAAGAAAUUGUUUGGCUUCAUGUUUGUUUUUCCAAUGGAUUUACAGUAAAAUCCUCAUUUCUCUA